AUGGAGAAGACCACCACAACAGACCUCUCUCUGAACUACACGACUUCUGGAUAUGCAGACUCUCAGGCAGUUAAGCAAUCUGAGUGCAUAACACAAAGUUAUAGUAUGUUGAUAAUUUCAGGGAUCUGUAUUGUUAUUUGCCUGUGCGGACUUGUGGGGAAUAUGGUGGUCGUGUGGUUCCUGGGCUUCCACAUGAAGAAGAGCCCCUUCACUGUCUACGUCCUAAACCUGGCCAUCGCUGACUUCUCUCUGCUCCUCUUCCUUCUUGUUAAACUUAUAUUACACUUUAUUUCAACAGUUUAUUGUAUUUUCUCAUCUCAAUAUCGUUUGACCAAUUACAUCCUGAUGGAUCUGUUUCUGUUUUGGUAUUUUGCCAGCAUGUAUCUCCUGACAGCAAUGAGCAUGGAGAGGUGCCUGUCUGUUUUGUUCCCAAUCUGGUACCGGUGCCACCGCCCAAAGCACUUGUCAGGCAUCAUGUGUGGGGUGCUCUGGGCUUUUGCCGGGCUUUUUGUUACUUUGGUUUUCAUUAGUUGUUAUUUCCCUUUGAAUAUAGACUGUGUAAUGCUAUUACGAGGCGUAAGCAUUGUGAAUUUUCUCAUUUUCUCCUUAUUCCCAUUUCUUUCCAACCUUUCCCUGUUUAUCAAACUCCGAUGUGGCUCACAGAGAAGACACCCAGGAAAGCUCUAUGUUGCUGUCUUGCUCAGUUUGAUCUUCUUGUUCAUCUUUGGGUUUCCUUUCAGUGUGGUGAUUUUUAUUGAUCCUAUUUAUUUCAACCUGGUUUACCUGCAUAUUUCUUACCUGCUGGCGUCACUGAACAGCAGCAUCAACCCAUUCAUUUACUUCCUGGUGGGGAGCUGCCAGCGGCGGCGGUUCCAGAACUCUGCAAAAGUUGCCCUCCGCCGAGUGUUCGAAGAGAAAGCGACGAGCGAGGAGGGGAGCCGCGUGCCCGGGGACACUGCGGUGGAGACCACUCUAUAA